AUGCUGCGCCCUCGCGGGGUUCCGCGGCGCGCCAGGCCGACAUCGGCGCGAAGGAGGGGCCAGGCGGGGGGAGGGGAAGCGAUCUUCUUUCUGUACACCAGGCUGCUGGAGGUGGUGGAGAAUCUGGAGGCCAAUGGCCCGGCGCCAAGGCUCGCGAACGGCUCCUCGAAACCCAGGGGGCCCCCAGCGCAGGAACGCAAGGCUUCGCGCCGCAAGGCCCCGGCCUUCGACCUGGUGGGCAGCAUGCGGAGCAGGGUGGCGCUGCUCCAGAAACAGCCGAUUUUCAAAAUCGGGCAUCGCUGGAGCUCGGCGGCGAAGCUGGCGGGCAAGAGGCGAGAGUUGUGGAAGCGCGCAGGGGGGCUAUGGUUCGUGGUUCCCCAGCCGCGGAAUGGCGAGCCCGCCCCGCCUGGGUGCGUGGUCAAGGCCCAUAGGCCGCGUGAUCGUCAGGCCAAGCGGGGCGUGUUGGACGGGCACGCUGGGCGUUUGUUCUCCCCCGCCAAGGCUCUCGAGCCCCGCGAAGAUUCAGGAGAUCGCGAAGACCCCGUGGCCGCGAGCGCGGAAGAGGGAGAAGGGGGCAGCGGCAGGAUCACUGGCUGCGCCAGGUGCCUGACGAUCGAUCAAGUGCGGCGCCUGGGACGGCGAAAGCCGCCGCCGCGACUUCCGGCGCUGUCUGAGGAGCCGUUGAGGGGCCAGGGCAGCGACUGGUGCCGCCCGCGGGGCUCCAAGGGGCUGCACCAGGCGCUGCAGGACGCGCUGGAGGACAUCCGGAGGGACAAGUUCGUGGUGCGGCGGUCAGCGAUCGACACCCUGGGGGUGUACGCCACGGAGGCGAUCGCGGAGGGGAUGGUGCUGAUGGAGUACACCGGGGAGAUGGUGCGGCGGACGGUGGCCGACCUGCGGGAGAGGGAGUACAUGGCGCGCGGCCUGGGCUGCUACUUCUUCGGCGUGGGCAGGGACUACGUUGUGGACGCCACGGCGAUGGGCGGCAUCGCCAGGUACGUAAACCACUCCUGCGACCCCAACUGCUACACCAAGCUGCAGUACCCCGCGCGAAACCACACCAGGGGGAGCGUGUCCCUGGAGGACCAGCACAGGCGGAUGGUGGUGCUGCGGGCCAAGAGGGACAUUGCGCCCGGCGAGGAGCUGACCUACGACUACAAGCUGUCGCCGGCGGAGGGCGCGCCGGCGCUGCCGGGCCAGGAGAGGGCCGACGGGGUGGGCGUCAUACGCUGCACCUGCAACGCGCGGAACUGCCGGCGCUACCUGUGA